CCACAAACCUUCGUUAAAAGAGAAUUCUAGAAUUCGCAGGUAGCAGCCGCCUACUUCACCACUUUUCUUUUGUAUUUACAUAUAAAUUAGAGCUUUAAAUCUGACCUAGCUCUCAGUUUCCAUUUGGUGUCUGUUCAUCUCUUGAAUUGCUAGAUCUGUAACUGCAGUGUUACUGAUGCUAUUUUUGAUUAAUUGUCUAAGUGAAAAACUGUUGGUGGAACUUCUAGUUCAGUAGCAAAUUAACAAUGAGCGCAGAGAAGCAGCAAAAAAGCGAGCAUCCACAAGUUGUCCGAUUAGAUAAGGCAUUUAAAUUGGCUGAACAAUGGGUUAAGAACAUGAGCAAAGUUGUGGAGGAUGAAGCAACAGAAGAGGAAAUCAAAGCCCGUCCUCUUAAUCUAGGGCUUGGUGCAAAAGUUGUGCAUCCGUCUAAGGUUGUUAAUUUUGAUAAUCCGGUUGAAAGGAACUUACAUGCUAAGUUGGAAGCCGGAAAAAGAAAAGCUGCUGCCAAAGAGAUCGAGGAACGUGGGGGCAAUGAUAACGACAGUGACGAUGAUAGUGAUGAAGAGUCGGAAAGUAGAACAAGUGCAUUUGCUAAGAAGAUAAAGGGUCCUCCUCCAGGUUUAUCUUUACAGGUAAAGAAGAAACAGAAGUAGUUUAUCACCUGAUAAUGAUUGAAUAAUUUAUGUGUUGUAAAUUGUAAUUAUUUUUGUAAUCUUGAUGUUUCUUGCUUAUUAGUAUACUUGGGGAAAUUGUUGCCUA